AGUUAAAUUUGCCUAAAAUCACCCAUGCUGGACUCGGCAAGAGAUUGAAACGAAAUUCACGUGGAUGUUGAUAUAUUAAAUUAAAUUUUUUGUUUGUUUCAAGCCGCUCUCACUAAACUAAGUUUCGUUUCUUGUAGUUAACCCUAAGAUGAAUUUCUUAUUGAAUGAAGAUUGUAAUGUUUUAUAUUUUUCUUGCAGGUAGAUAAAUCCCGAUGCCACAACUCAGGACCGCAGUAAGCAUGCCCGUGAAGCGCAUCGCAUCAAUGGCCUGAGAGCAUGUUCCGGACGGCGUCAGUGGAAGGCUCCGCGCCGCGGACGCCCCCCGCCUACGCCCCGCAUCCCCCCUACGUCCCACCUCGCUUCUUCCCCCCUCGUAUCAGGCCUCCUCCCCCGCAAUACUGCUUCGACGCCGCCCGCUUCGCCUGUGACGCUUCCAAACCUCGCUACCUCGACGUCGAACGAGAGAGGCUGGUCACGAGAUGGCUGGCCGAAGCGAACGAGGCUUUAGUGAGAAGGGACCGGCCGCCGAGAUAUAAGCCGAGAAGCAGCGAGAGGCGGCCGGACUAUUUGGAGAGGAGGCCGGCACCAGAAUGGGCCGACAACUUCCUCCUCGGCAGGAGGAACGGGUCGGUGGAGCCCGAAGAGGACUGCAGUGAAGUGAUGACGUUGAAGGAGUUUGUGGACAAGUUCUCCCUGCCGCGGGUGGUGCGGUUCGAGGGCGAGGAGCGGCCGGUGCUGCUGUACCGCGUGCUGGAGGCGCACCGGCGCGUGGAGGCCGUGCCGCUCGCCGGCAAGAAGGGCAAGCUGGUGGGCAAACCGCUCUACAUACCCGAUUCCUAUGAUGGCUGGUUCUCAGCGUGUGGAUGCCGCGGCGGCGCGCUGGCCGCUCCGCGCGGCUCCGUGGCGGCGCUGCUGCGCGCGCGCGCCUUCGCGCUUGUCUCACCCCGCGCGCUCUCCGCCUACCGCGCCCGGCCUGCCUCAGACAGCGGGCGCGUGGGCGCGCAGUACGAGCGCGCGGCGGCGCGGCCGGGCACGCCGCUGCGGCUGGCCGGCGUGUUCGCGGACGGCAGCAAGGCCAAGGCGCCCAAGUACGCGCAGCUCAUCGACCCGCAGGGCAACGAGCUGUUCGUCCCGAUCAACACGAAGGGCGAGCUGUACGAAGUGUGUCCCGAGGAGCUGUCUCCGGCGGAGUGGGACGCGGCCGAGCCGACGUCGCCACCGCCGCCGGACGCGGGUGUGCGCGCGCACCGCCUGCCGCACCUGCUGAGCCUGUGGCGGCUGCCGGCCAGGGUCCGACUCUUGGCCGGGACCGUGCCCAUCGAGAUGGCGCAUGAUGUUGGAGAUGACCUCUUGCUACGGGCGGCGAUAACGGAGCCGGUGCUGGUGAUGUGCACGUUGCCGGAGUUCGGCGCGCCGGCCAGCCCCACCAAGCCGGCGCCGGGGCUCGCCAAGGAGACGCUGCAGCUGCUUCCGCUCAACUGCGGCGCGCGCCUGCGUCGCACGCAGCUCGGAUUCGACAGCGAAAAGCGCAUGUUCCUCUCCGCGCGACUUCAGAAAGCUCUAACCUUCUGUCAACUCAACGUUGACAACUGGAUCAGGCAGAUCUCAUACGCCAACUCAACGGUCGUCGGCAAGAAGACCGCCGAGGACCUCCUCAGAGAGGACCACGAGCCGAUCAAGUUUGAGAAAGAACGCAAGUUUACUCUCCAGGGACUCAAGAUCGACACGUCCAGGCUUUUCGGGAAGAGCGAGAAGGUCCUAAAAGACAUGCCGGACGAGACGGAGGGCUCCAUCAUAUUUUUAAGUAAAAACGAACUCGAGCACAUGAACUAUGAUGUGUAUAGCGACGACGAAGGCAAAGAUGAAAAGAAUGACGAGAAAACAGAGGAACACUUCUCCAAUGACAAGAUGCAGGUGUUUCGGGAGGACUCCGCGCAGAAGAAGAACAAGUGGUUCAAAAACUUGAAACUUUUGAAAAGCACGGAGAAAUUAACGGACGAAAAGAUAACGUCAAUAGAAAACCGUGAGAGAUACAGAGACAUUAAAGAUCCGUUCGAUCCUCUCGGGGAAAAACACAGCUCUAUAGAGAGGUACCAGGAUAUGGCAAAGCUCAUUGAAGACAGAUUCGGAGCCUCGAGGGCGAAGGGUGAGGGAACUGCUGAGAAAAGCCAUUCCUAUAAGAGCCUGACGACUUCAUCGUCGGAUAUGGGCACGAGUCAGUGCAGUUCGAACCCCAAGAAACCAAUUUUAACAAAGUCAGUGUCAGUUCAGACGGGGAUUCCGGACAGUCCGUACACUGAAGGUAGCGGAAUCAACAUAAAACAUGGCCGCAAGAAUCUCAGUGUCGAUCAGAUCAACUACUGCGGUUCCAUGGAAAGCGACACAAGCUCCGGUAGGAAAUUGAAAUCUUUGGAUGAAAAUAUGCUAAAGAAAUCUUCUGCGUCAAAAUCAUCGACGAAUUUAGAGAGGAGACAGAGAAUACAACCAGAUUUGAUACCGGAAAAGGCAAUCGUUAAGUCUGAAUCGUAUAACCAAAUACAAAGCUGUGAAGACAUAAACAUGUUUGGAGCGGGCUCUCUAUACAACGACAGUGAAUUCGAAAUUAAUUCUAAGCAACACUCGUUUAUAACAGAGAAAUUGUGCUCGGAAUUCCAUGUCAAAACAAAAAAGGUCCUUAGCAAAUCUACAUCGAAUCUCCUGCAUCCUAAAAAAGCCACAGACAAAAAAGAUGGUAAUAACAGCAACAGCAUGCCGACGAAAACUGAACGACUAAGUGACGGGGACAAGCUAAAUUUUAGAAAAAAGAUCGAUAAACCUCGAGCUCCGACUCCUAAACUUGAAAUUGACGACGACCUCGUGCCAAUUGAUAUCUCGGAAGAGGAACCGCAAUCUCAAGUUAAAUUAAGGAGAUCCAUAUCUUCAAUACAGAAGAGGAAGUUACCCGUCAUAGAAGACUUACCUUACGGCCAAGUUGCAGACGCAGUACAUGUGGAAGAGGAAAUAAUUGAUUCCGAUGCCAGUUCUGACAAUAUUUAUGCAGAAAUAUGUGCACCUAACAAAGCUAGCGAAGACGAAUCCUAUGACAAUAACGUAGACGUUUUAGCCAACGAUCCAGUGAUAUGCAACGUCAAAAAAGAAGUCAUCAUUCGAAAUGACGAGAGAGCUAGACAGAUGAUUGAGAACCAAGAAAACCCAUUCAGACACAUUGAGGUGGUAGUCAUAGAGAAAACCACAGACUUCAAUUUGGACACUUCGAGUAUAGCCUCAAGUGAUUUUGAUGAGAUGGGCAGUAAAAAUGACGUAUCAAUAGCCAUAGAUUCGUGGGAGCGAGACAAGAAGAUUGUUGACCAAUCAGAUUCGAAAAUACACGCAAUUAGAUUAGAAAUAACGAGUAACAUGGAGGAUUAUCCUCAAGAAGUGGAUCAAAGUUUUGAGAGGACGGAGAUUCGAUUAAGUAAGAAUAAUUCUUUAAGUUUUAGCAACAGCAUCCAUUUGAAUGGUACAUAUCCCAACGAGGCCAUUUAUGAUACUUUAAAGUAGUUUUUAAGUGUUUAAUGUUAUGGUUGAUAUUUCGGUAGUGAGCAGCUGUGAUUUGUGAUUUUUGUUUAGGGAACGCGUAGCGUCGUAUUCGGGCAUCAUACAUCAGAGAAUAAAGUCUGUUAUUCUCCAUGACCAUUUGCGUACCUACUACCUACCUACCACUUCUGUACCUAUAGGAAUACUAAGCGUGUGCUUAGAAUGGAGAUUAACAGUCUUAAUAAUUUUAUACUUGUCUCUGAUCAUCGAUGGCUGAUUUACGUUUUGCGAGGAUCGUUUUCAUACCACGAGCACAUAACCUUUAUAGCUACCACGGUAGUAGGUAAAUAAGUUGAUGUUGCCAUUACAAAAUAUACUGCAUACAUAUGAUAUUACAAAUAUAAUAGUAAUAUUUGACGACCGAUUUGGCCUAGUGGGUAGUGACCCUGCCUACGAAGCUGAUGGUCCCGGGUUCAAAUCCUGGUAAGGGCAUUUAUUCGUGUGAUGAGCAUGGAUAUUUGUACCUGAGUCAUGGAUGUUUUCUAUGUAUUUAAGUAUUUAUAAAUAUGUAUAUAUCAUAUAUAUCGUUGUCUAAGUACCCUCAACACAAGCCUUAUUGAGCUUACUGUGGGACUUAGUCAAUUUGUGUAAAAUGUCCUAUAAUAUUUAUUUAUUUAUAAUAUUAUGUUUAAUGUGGUAAGGGAUGAUACCACAAUAUUAAAGGUGAUUUCUUUCGUUUUUGCCGUGACACACCCAGAUUUAAUUAAUUGAAUUGUAUAGAUACAUGUACUCAAUUUAUUUAUUGAAUAUUUUGUAUAAAAAAUGAUAUAUUCAGUAACAAGCAUAUUUAACAAAAUACAGGUUGGUGCACCUUUUUAAGUAUAGAAAUAUCUGUAUUAAGGAACACCGCUCUUCCUUAGUGACUACCUAGAAGCUAAAAGCAAAACUAUGAUGGCUAUUAAACUAAGUAUAAAUAUAUUAAAAAAUAUGCACGAUUAAUUUUUGUUACACUACAUAAUCCGUUAAACAGUACCUCUAGAAACCUAACAGUAGCCCACAUGAAGAACUAUGAUCCAAAAUUGUGCAAUUUUUGAAAAGUACAUAAAUCAUAGACUAUACCACGCUGUUUGUAAUACCGUACCUACAAGCUUGGAGGAUUUAGCAACUGGAGACGCCAUGUCUGUGAUUUUCUGUACAAGACAGUCUGCCGAUUUUUGCGGGCGAGGGGGAACUCAAAUUAUGGAAGGUAAAGGCCAGGAACAAAAACUCCUUAGGCAGAAUUGUUGCAAAAGUGUCCAGCUGUCAGCUAUAAAUAAUAUUUCCAAAUCUCUCCAGAGUAGCGCUAGAGUAGCUAUGUUUUAGUAUAUGGAGAUUUUGUUCCUUUCCAUACCUCAAAUGUAUGGCAAAUGUCAGUUAAACGUCAGUCCAUACAAUGUACAUAUGACCAUUGGCCGAGGUUCUCGACAGAGGGCUAAACUCUUCAGUUAUUAAAUCCUCCAGGGUAUUAAGAUUAGUUUCUCAAUAAAAUGUAUCAACAUUUAGUUUUCAAGAUUCAUAAAAAUACUUGGAUUAUUUUUAAAUAAGUAUUUUACCAGUCACAAAUUUGUUCCACGCACAAUAUUUUAAUUAACUGAUAGUUCAAUAAUGAUUAUAUUUGUCUAAAGGUUGUGUAUUUUGAAAAUCCAGUGUUUGUUAAUUACCUACGAUAAGGCCAUAUUUUGCAGAUCACCCACGAAUUUACACGUAGUCAGUAGCGACAUCUAUCCAUGACUUAAAAUAAGAAUGAAAUUAUUAUAUUCAUUCUAGCAAUGAAUAAAUUGGUGCUAUAUAUAUUAGGUGCUCGAAAAAUUAAUUUAGGACCCAAAAUUAAUUAUAAGACCACAUAUCACAUGACAAUGUAAAUUAAUUUGUACCAUAUAGUUAUACCUUCGUACCUAUUGUAAAAUAAAAUGAAAAUUCGCUUUUAAGCUCUCGAAUGUUAGAAGUACCUAAUCGUGGAAUAUAAAUAAACGAGGAAAAUAUAUUA